CCAAACAUAAUAUCCUCCACCCCAUUGGUUUCCAAUUUCAUCCACUCAAUCUUAUAAUCCUCAGUGCAUCAAGAAUCUUCAUACUUCAUUCCCUACCACGUUUCAUCAUCGCUUCAUAUAUCAUUGCCUUCUCUCUCUGUCUCUCCUUCUAAUCUUUUUCCAAUGGCUGCCGCAGUAACUGCUGCAGUUUCCUUUCCAUCCACCAAAUCCACCUCUCUCACAAGCAGAACCUCCAUCGUUGCCCCAGAGAGAGUUGUGUUCAAGAAGGUUCCAUUGCAAUACACUAGUGGAAGGGUUGUUUCCAUCAGGGCUCAAGUCACCACUGACACUGAUACACAGGCUCCACCAGCUAAGGUUGAGAAGGUGCACAAGAAACAGGAGGAAGGUGUGGUUGUGAACAAGUUCAAACCAAAGAAUCCAUAUAUUGGAAGAGUCCUUCUCAACUCAAAGAUCACUGGAGAUGAUGCUCCUGGAGAAACAUGGCAUAUGGUCUUCAGCACUGAAGGGGAGGUUCCUUACAGAGAGGGACAAUCAAUUGGGGUGAUUCCAGAAGGUAUUGACAAGAAUGGCAAACCACACAAACUGAGAUUGUAUUCCAUUGCCAGCAGUGCCCUUGGUGACUUUGGAGACUCUAAGACUGUUUCUCUUUGCGUGAAACGGCUAGUGUACACAAACGAUAGCGGAGAAAUUGUCAAGGGAGUCUGCUCAAACUUCUUGUGUGACUUGAAGCCAGGAUCUGAAGUAACAAUCACUGGACCUGUUGGGAAAGAAAUGCUUAUGCCAAAAGAUCCUAAUGCCACCGUCAUCAUGUUGGCAACUGGAACUGGGAUUGCCCCAUUUCGCUCAUUUUUAUGGAAAAUGUUCUUCGAGAAGCAUGAUGACUACAAGUUCAAUGGUUUGGCAUGGCUCUUCUUGGGUGUCCCAACAAGCAGCUCUCUGCUUUAUAAGGAGGAAUUUGAAAAGAUGAAGGAGAAAUCACCUGAAAACUUCAGGUUGGACUUUGCUGUGAGCAGAGAGCAAACAAAUGAUAAAGGAGAGAAGAUGUACAUCCAAACCCGUAUGGCUCAAUAUGCAGAAGAGCUGUGGCAACUACUUAAGAAAGACAACACUUUUGUGUACAUGUGUGGACUGAAAGGGAUGGAAAAGGGAAUUGAUGACAUUAUGGUGUCAUUGGCUGCCAGAGAUGGCAUUGAUUGGAUUGAGUACAAGAGGCAAUUGAAGAAAGCAGAGCAAUGGAAUGUUGAAGUCUAUUAAUUUCAGUUCCACUUGCACAGAUAUCAAGUCCUACUUUAUGCAGUAACAAAUCUAUCACCCCUCUUGCAUUCUGUAGGUAUAUGCAGCCCUGUAAUUUUUCUAUGAUGAUAUAUUUUUUUUACACUGUUGAUGAACAACUGUUGUGAAAGCCCGACAAGAAGUAAUAUUUUUGAGGGAUGAAUGAUGUUAUAUAGACGAAUCCAACUUCACUGUACCA